AUGAAGUUCUCCGCAGCGCUCUCCAUCUCGGCCGUCGCCGCCCUGGCCUCCGCUACGAACCACGAGGAAUCGCCGGCCAAGGCCUUGAUGCCUCUGCCUGCCGGCAUGAAGGGCCACGGCAUCACUGAGGGUUCGGACACCAACGUGAUUGUCAUUUGGGUCAACCCUGGUAACGGCGCCGAGACCACCACUGUCAACCAGCAGGUCACCGUUACCGAGACUGUCGUCGUCGGGGCCCAGACCCCUCCUGCCGUCCACCCGCCUCCUGCAGCGCCUCCGGUCCACCCGCCCCCGGCCGCUGCUCCUCCGGCCGAGGCCAUGCCACCUGCGCACCCUCCUCCCGCUGCUGCUCCUCCCGUCCACCCUCCUGCUGAGGCUGCCCCCCCGACUCCUGCGGCACCCCUGGGCGCCGAAAACGCCCGCCGCCCCUGCCGCAGGUUUCGCGAGCUAACGAUGCCAGGGUUCUACUGUGCCCAGGGCCCUCACUGCGGCAAGGGUAUGGUCUUCUCCAUUAACCCUACUGCUGAGCGUACCCAUGCCAUGUUCCAGUCGAUGGCCAUUCAGCAGAAGGGUGACGGUGCUGCCAGCCCCAUUACCGGCGGCUCGCCUGCCCCCCCUGCUGCCCCGCCUGCCGCCCCUCCCGCUGCUCCUCCCGCCGGCACUGAGCUCGCUCCUCUUCCCGGCGCUACCGAUGCUCCCGUCGCGUCUCCCCCGGCUCCCGGCGGUGGCAACGGUGUGCAGAACGGUGUCGGCCAGAUCGACCAGAACGGCGCCUGCGUGUGCACCGUCCAGUGCGACAUGGGCUCGUUCCCCAACCUGGACAUGCAGGGCGUCGGUGCGGUCGGUGGCAUGGGCGGCUCGAUCCCCAUCGGCCAGCCCGUCCGCAAGAGGUGGUAA